AGGACUUAUUCACAUUUUUGAUAAGUGCCUAUUCUAAAAAAACAAACAAAAUAACUUACCAAAAAAAAAUUGUCAUAGAUUAAAAUAAGACUGUAAACAUAGUAAUAAAAAGCAAGUAAAAGAAAACCCGUGUCAGUUAAAUGUCUUAGCACGCAUUCUUGGGUUUAUACGGGCGAUGACUUGACAAUAUUUUAAGUGUUAUAGAUACGAAUUUACGAAACAAAGGCGAUUGUCAUACACGCAAAACAGUAUGUAUACAGUAUGAUCGAACAAGCUCAAGAACUCUCCUAAAUUCUGACUAUUUUUUUUUGAUGGCCCCGAAGAUGGGCAUAUCGCACUGUCCGUCGCGCUGUCCGUCCGUCUGUCCGUCUGUCCGUGACACGUUGGGAUUAGGUUUUUUACCCCUGUGACCUUGACCUUGAACUUAGGGUCUGCGUUUAGGUUUCGAAAUCUGCGUUUAGGUUUCGAAAAAUGAUCAUAACUUCUAUGUCCCUUGACAUAUAACCUUCAUAUUUGGUAUGCAUGUGUAUAUGGACAAUGCCUUUCCAUACACACAACAUAUUUUACCCCUGUGACCUUGACCUUGAACUAAGGGUCCGCUUUUAGGUUUUGAAAUCUGCGUUUAGGUUUCGAAAAAUGCUCAUAACUUCUAUGUCCCUUGAGAUAUAACCCUCAUAUUUGGUAUGCAUGUGUAUAUGAACAAGGCAUUUCCAUACGCACACAAAUUGUUACCCCUGUGACCUUGACCUUGAACUUAGGGUCCGCGUUUAGGUUUCGAAAUCUGCGUUUAGGUUUUGAAAAAUGCUCAUAACUUCUAUGUCCCUUGAGAUAUAACCUUCAUAUUUGGUAUGCAUGUGUAUAUGGACAAGGCCUUUCCAUACGCACAAACAUUUUGACCCCUGUGACCUAGACCAUCAACUUAGGGUCCGCGUUUAGUUUUAAUUGUGCUAAGGCUCCGUUGAUAUAUACGUUUUUUGAGCAAUGUAUCUCGUGAUUGACAUAUUGAGGAUCGGGUAAAAAGACAAAUGUACAAUUUACUGUUUUAACGGAGAGGCUACCUCUUCGUUUAACUGCCAUGUUUAAAUGAAUGUAUACCUUAUGUGUUAUCAAACCAGCAUUUUUCAUGAAAACACAUUUUUGUGUACGGUCUAAUUUGUUUUGCGUGUUCCUGACUAUACGUGAUCAUUUUCAUUACUUUUCAGGGAACGAGAAAACUAAAGUGCUGUUACACGGAUUCCGGUUUCAUUACUUUAGAUUCAGUUUCCGGACAGUGGUUCGCUUCUGAUUGUGUACGAGUUUGGCCGAUACUAAAAAACCUGUAUUUUGCCACCUUACAUAGGAAACAGAUAUAACAGGGAACGAGGAUACUAAAGUGAUGUUACACGGAUCCCGGUUUCAUUACUUUAGGUUCAGUUUCCGGACAGUGGUUCGCUCCUUCUUGUGUACGAGCUUAGCCGAGACUAAAAAAUCCUGUAUUGUGCCACCUUGCAGUGGAAACAGAUAUAACAGGAAACGAGGAUACUAAAGUGAUGUUACACGGAUCCCGGUUUCAUUACUUUAGGUUCAAUUUCCGGACAGUGGUUCGCUCCUGCUUGUGUACGAGCUAAGCCGAGACUAAAAAAAUCCUGUAUUGUGCCACCUUGCAGUGGAAACAGAUAUAACAGGAAACUUGGAAACUAAAGUGCUGUUACACGGAUCCCGGUUUUAUUACUUUAGGUUCAGUUUCCGGACAGUGGUUUGCUCCUGCUAGUGUACGAGUUUUGCCGAGACUAAACAACUGUAUUUUGCCACCUUACAGUGGAAACAGAUAUAACAGGGAACGAGGAAACUAAAGUGAUGUUACACGGAUCCCGGUUUCAUUACUUUAGGUUCAGUUUCCGGACAGUGGUUCGCUUCUGAUUGUGUACGAGUUUGGCCGAUACUAAAAAGACUAAAUUUUGCCACCUUACAUAGGAAACAUAUACAGCAGGGAACGAGGAAACUAAAGUGAUGUUACACGGAUCCCGGUUUCAUUACUUUAGGUUCAGUUUCCGGACAGUGGUUCGCUUCUGAUUGUGUACGAGUUUGGCCGAUACUAAAAAGACUAAAUUUUGCCACCUUACAUAGGAAACAUAUACAGCAGGGAACGAGGAAACUAAAGUGCUGUUACACGGAUCCCGGUUUCUUAAGAUUCAUUGAAGAUAAUUUUGGUUCACUAAGUACGAUGGACACGAGAAGGAUAAAGUUCACUCCGUCUAAACACACGAUGGAAACGAGAAAGAUAAAGUUUACUCCGACCAAAGACAUUUCGCAAACAUAUGAUAACAAUGACUGGAAGAAAUACAUACUGGAAGAAAAGGAUCCACCUGGAUUCACGGUUAAGACAGUAAAUGAUUACAUUGGCAAAGGUGUGUUUGUGAUCGAUAAAAAACCAAAAGGAUCGUUUUUAUUUGAGUACGCAGGUGAACUUAUUUCCAAAGCAGAAGCUCUCCAUCGCGAAAAGAAAUACCCAAGGCAUCUAGGAUCGUAUCUGUUCUUUUUCAAGAGCGGAACCAAAGAGUUUUGUGUUGAUGCAACUUUCUCAAAACAGUUGGGUCGUUUUGUAAACGAUGGGAUUGGGAGUACAAAAAAUGCAGAGCUCCGUGUCGUUAUUCUCCACCACAAACCUCACUUAUGCAUUUUUGCAACACGACAUUUACAUCCAGGAGAAGAGAUUCGUUUCAAUUACGGUGUAAACAACUUACCAUGGAGACUUGAGAACUCAAUCACAUCUUCAAUUGGACAAGUUGGUCUGACUCGCAAGAAACACAAUGACACAAAGAACAACAGAGUUAACAUGAUAAGCAGUGUCGGUGCUGAAACUUGCACCGACAUUAAUACAAUGACAGAAACAGGACAACAAUAUCUUAAAACGGACGGAAAUAAAGGGAACAAGCGCAAGUUUAAUCUUGGAAGUAAUGAUGCCUGUGCGCUUGACUCAACAAUAUGCCAGACAACCAAUGUAAACAAAGUUACCACAAAAAAAGACAAAACUAGCCUUUUAGAUACAGAUGGUUAUAAUGAAGAAUUGUACGCAACUCCUUUAAGCAGUAUUUCAAGCCAGAUGGAAAACGUCAAUCAAGUUUCGGCAAAUCACGGAGGUCUUUGUGUCAACAACACAGAGUCCAGAUUAUAUCAGUGCAAUACCGUGGAGAAAAUACAUAAUGACGUUUCUGAUGAUGGAAGCAUUACAUUGAUGGUGACAAGCAAUAGCGAUAAAGUACCCGAAUCCACAUCUACACAUCUGAAUCAGACCUCAAGCAAAGCAAUUGCACACGGAGGAACACACAUUCAAACUUCAAUAACGAAAACUGGAGAAGAGUCCAGAUUAUAUCAGUGCUAUACCGUGGAGCAAAUACAUAAUGACGUUUCUGAUGAUGGAAGCAUAACAUUGAUGGUGACAAGCAAAAGCGAUAAUGUACCCGAAUCCACAUCUACGCAUCUAAAUCAGACCUCAAGCAAAGCGAUUGCACACGGAGGAGCUCACAUUAAAACUUCAAUAACGAAAACUGGAGAAGAGUCCAGAUUAUAUCAGUGCAAUGCCGUGGAGCAAAUACAUAAUGACGUUUCUGAUGAUGAGAGCAUUACAUUAAUGGUAACAAGCGAAAGCGAUAAUGUACCCGAAUCCACAUCUACACAUCUAAAUCAGACCUCAAGCAAAGCGAUUGCACACAGAGGAGCUCACUUUGAAACUUCAAUAACGAAAACUGGAGAAGGCCCUUCUUCAGUAGACAGCGGUGUCAAUGGUAUCAUGGGUGCAGCCAGUGAGCUGAAACAAGGCAGUGUGAUGGACAUUUUAGGGGGUUUCUCAUCAUCAAAGCCUUCAUGUACGGGCAGUUCUCAAACUGCAAGUGAAAAGACAUUUACUGCGACCCUGAUAUCUGUGCCUGGUAUUGGGUCUAAGUCUGACUUGGGUGAAAGUGUAGUCAGCAAUACUGCAGAAACAAAGUCCAGAUUAUAUCAGUGCAAUGCCGUGGAGCAAAUACAUAAUGACGUUUCUGAUGAUGGAAGCAUUACAUUGAUGGUGACAAGCACAAGCGAUUAUGUACCAGAAUCCACCUCUACACAUCUAAAUCAAACCUCAAGCAAAGCAAUUGAACACAGAGGAACACGCAUUCAAUCUUCAACAACGAAAACUCGAAAAGGGAAGCCAAAACGACCCUGUCCAUUUUGUGGAUUUUUUUCGUCGAAAUUACCCGAUCAUAUGAAAAGUCAACAUAAGACUGAGAAGGAAGUAAUUGAAGCAAUGAAAUUACCUAAAAAGGAACAAGCUAAUGCGUUUGCCGACUUAAGAAAAAAGGGUAUAUACCUUGAGAAUAUGAAACAAAUAAGAAAUGGAAGUAAAACUAAUUUAAUUCGAGAAAGACAACAAGGGAAUGAUGAUAUUGUAUCAUGCUCAGUUUGUAAAGCUUUUUUAUCGAAAACAUCAUUUUACAAACACAAGAAAAUAUGUCAAACUGCAGACAAAGAAACAAUAUCGAGCGCAAUAAAUGUGACGGUACUCCAAGAAAACAAAGGCGGAAAGUAUGUUGAAUACACGGCACAAGUAUUGAGUCGAUUUCGAGACAAUGAUGUCGGAAACAUGUGUCGAUCAGAACAACAUAUCAUUGAAUUCGGCUUCCACCAAUACAUAGCCAAAGGAUCUAAACACAACAAAGAGGCAGAAAAGAAAAAAUCACUGAUGACAAUGCUCAGGCAGAUUGCCAAGUUAUUUUUGGAUUUCAAGGACACUUACAAACAUCGAACGAAAAAAGACUGCAUUUCUAUAACAGAAAUGUUCAUAAGAGACAAUUUUGAAUAUUUGAAAGAAGUUUUACAAUGUCGAAAGGACUCCGCAAAUGAUUUGAACUUAUCUCUGGGAUAUGCAAUGAAGAAGUUUGCCAAGUUUUUACAUGACAAAUACACUACCGUGGGCAAAGAUGAACAAGCGAAUGAACACAUGAAAUUCCACCAUAUACUGACACACAAUUGGCCCAUUUUAUUCGGAGAAAUGGAAUAUCAAGCAGUUAUAGCUCGCACUAACACGCGAAAACCAAAAGAGUUACCUGAAGAGGAAGAUGUGAAAAUACUAAUGAAUUAUAUGCAAAACCAAAUAACGGAACUUACAUCAGACAGGUACAAGUUUACGUCUAGCGACGAAUUUGCAACUCUAAGGAAUGUGCUAUUAUGUCGUGUUACAUUAUUUAAUGCUAGAAGAGGGGGUGAACCCAGUAGAUUAACUCUCCAACAAUGGGCAGAAGCGGAGAAUGGAGAUUGGGUAGGCAAUUUUGAGGACUCGGGCUUAUUAGACGAGGACCGUGAAAUACUCAAAACCAUGAAAGUUGCUUACCAAACAGGGAAAAGGGACGAUAGUCUGGUCCCUGUUCUUUUUCCAGAUGAUACAAUCACUGGGUUAAGGAUGAUUGCUGAUCCUGAGAUAAGGAAAGAUGGGGGAGUUAAUAAAUAUAAUAAAUUUCUCUUUCCAUCUACCAAUUUGUCAGACAAACAUGUUAAUGGAUCUGACAGUAUACGGGCUGUAUGCACAAAAGCUGGUGUAAACACAAUAACAGCGACAAAAUUUCGCCAUAGAGUUUCAACCAAAUAUGCACAAAUUGAAACUAAUAAACAGCACAGAGAUGCCUUUUUCCGGCACAUGGGACAUAGUGAUAGCAUCAAUAGAAACGUGUACCAGUGUCCUCCAGCUGUUAUUGAAGUUACGAAAGUUGGACGAUUCCUUCAAAACAUUGACUCAGAAGCAAAAAAUGGCCGAUGUAAUCAAGAAAUCGAUUCACAGAGCAAAGUCUCAGGAUCACACAACGAUUCCGCUGGGAUACACGUAGCCGUUGCUUCAAAAUUAAAAGGAUCCGAUCAUUCAGAAUUAAGCAGUUCACAACUGAGUGCAUUGGACGACGCUGACAUCUCAACUUCCCUCGUUCCCCGUGUUGAAGAACAUGCAGAUGAAAACUCUUGUCACGAAUUGUGCAAAGACAAUGAUGCUGAUCGUGUAUUGCCAAAGCCGACAACGGAUAAUGAUAGCGUUCCAAAAAGACAGUGUCUGAGCUCGAUUGCAGUCAUUGCAACUCCAGUUAAUGAUAACACUGUUCGACGGUGCAACAAAUUAGCACUAAUUAAAGCUAUUCCACGGUUAGGACAGGGUCGAAACUCAGCUCCAGCCAAUACUAAAUAUUCGGUUCUGAAAAAUUGUUACCCUGUUCCUGUUGAAUAUGAUGCUCGUGUAAUCUUGGAGAAGAUUUCAAUUCCAGCUAAUGAAUACGUUAGGAUAAAAGUGGGCCAGAAAUGGAACUCGACAAAUAUAAAUGCAAGCAACGGGAAAGUCAAAGACCAGAAUUCAAAACGCGUCCAACCUUCCGUUCGUAUACUAAAAGGUGAAUCUCAAAAUAAUGUUUGUGUAAAACAGACCGAUAAUGUCCCUGAAGUUGAUGCUUUUGUUCGUACGCAACAGAGUCAGGACCUUUCCAGAAUAGGGAGUGUUGUUCGGGUGCAACAAGAGAAGCAAUCGACUGCAGUGCAAGAUAUCGUUGGGGUUAGGUUGAAAAACUCAGCUCCUGUUGGUAAUGUAUUCCAUUUAUCCAACAGUCACAACACAGCCCUAGAAAAUCGAGCGAUGCUUCGUAAACCUUCUGCUUCCGUUAAUGACGCGUUUCAAGAUACAAUGCGACAGGAUGGAAACAGGACACCUGCUGAUAAUAAUCAGAAAAAUAAUUCAGACAAGGGAUCUACCCAAGUAGAACGUACUUGGAACACUCUCUGCCGAAAGGAAAGACGAUAUACCGUAUGGAGAAAUGAAGAUACACAACGCCUGAACAACUAUUUCUCCAGAACAGUGCAUGAUAUUUCAAGAUGGGACCCGAAAGGAAAUUUACCAGGAUACGCUGAGAUUCGAAAAUUCAUCAACUGUAACCCUGAUAUACACGCAGACAUACCACUGGCGGAACGAUUGAAAGUAAUACAUGCAAAAUUAUUUAAUGAAAGAAACAAAUCCAGGAGAAUGGCGAAACGAUAUUCAACACAAAUGAAAUGACAUGUGCAGUUUUAAAUAUUUGUAUGACGUAUUUAUAUAUACGCUCAUUUACGCAAGAAUGUGUUGAUUUGAAGAUAAAAAACAACAACAAAAGGAGCUAACGACUUCUUAGGCGGUGUGUUAGGUAUGUUCUGUUAUAAAUAUGAACAAUAAUGUAGUAAUCUUUGUAGGAUACGCUGAGAUUCGAAAAUUCAUCAACUGUAACCCUGAUAUACACGCAGACAUACCACUGGCGGAACGAUUGAAAGUAAUACAUGCACAAUUAUUUAAUGAAAGAAACACAUCCAGGAGAAUGGCGAAACGA